CGCGGGCGGCCGAGUCGGCCCCGUCACCUCGGCGCCGCGGGGAGAGGCCGGCGCGGAGGGAAGAGGCUGGCUGCGGCGGCGGCCAAUGCGAAACUGGCUGGUGUUGUUGUGCCCCUGUGCGGUCGGGGUCGCGGUGCACCUCUGGCUGCUGCUUGGCUGCCCCGGCGGCCCCGGGAGACACCCGGCAGGUCCACUGGCCUUCUUUCCUCAGUGGAAGCUGAAACAUUAUGAUGUUAUUGUAGGUGUUUUGUCAGCUCGACACAAUCAUGAACUGCGCAGUGUUAUAAGGAGCACUUGGUUCAAGCACCUGAAACAACAUUCUGCACUGAGCCAACGUGUCCUUGUGAAGUUUAUAAUAGGUGCACAUGGUUGUGCUGUGCCAGUGGAGGACCGAGAAGACCCCUACUCCUGCAAACUUCUGAACAUCAGUAACCCAGUUUUGAAUCAGGAAAUUGAAGCAUUCAGUCUCCCUGAGGAUGUACCUUCUGAGCUAUCUGAAGACAGAAUUGUCAGUGUGAACUUUCGUGUACUUUACCCCAUUGUCAUUACCAGUCUUGGGGUAUUUUAUGAGGCUGAUGGGGUGGGAUUCCAGAGGAACAUUACUGUAAAACUGUACCAGGCAGAACAUGAGGAACCUCUCUUCAGUGCUCGAUUUAGUCCACCAAGCUGUGGAGUGCAAGUGAACAAAUUGUGGUACAAGCCAGUGGAGCAGUUCAUUUUGCCAGAGAGUUUUGAAGGUACCAUUGUGUGGGAAAGCCAGGAUCUUCAGGGUCUUGUUUCAAGAAACCUUCAUAAAGUGACGGUGAACGAUGGAGGGGGUGUUUUCAGAGUCAUUACUCAGGCAGGGGAAGGGUCACUGCCACAUGAGCUCACAGAAGGUGUGGAGGGAAUAGCAGGAGGUUUUAUCUACACUAUUCAAGAAGGUGAUGCUCUUCUGAAAAGCCUCCAUACUCGCCCAGAAAGGUUUACGAGUCACAUAAAAAAUCUUGACAAAGAAGAUGCUUUACUGAAGGAAGAAAGCGGCACCUAUGAUGAUAUUGUCUUUGUAGAUGUUAUUGACACUUACAGAAAUGUUCCAGCCAAGCUGCUGAACUUCUACCGAUGGACAGUUGAAUCGACAAGCUUUGAUUUGUUGCUGAAGACCGAUGACGACUGCUACAUUGAUUUGGAGGCUGUUUUUAACAGGAUAAUGCAGAAAAAAUUGGACAGGCCAAACAUUUGGUGGGGGAAUUUCAGACUGAAUUGGGCAGUUGAUCGUACUGGUAAAUGGCAAGAGCUGGAGUACCCAAGCCCUGCGUAUCCAGCUUUUGCUUGUGGGUCUGGCUAUGUCAUCUCCAAAGACAUUGUUCAGUGGCUGGCAAGCAACUCUGAAAGAUUAAAGACAUACCAGGGUGAAGAUGUGAGUAUGGGCAUCUGGAUGGCAGCUGUAGGACCUAAGCGAUAUCAAGAUAGCCUCUGGUUAUGUGAGAAGACGUGUGAGAGUGGCAUGCUGUCUUCCCCACAGUACUCUCCCCAGGAACUGAGAGAGCUCUGGAGACUAAAGGAACUUUGUGGAGACCCUUGUAGAUGUGAGGAAAGAUGAUGGAUUUGCCUUGGAAAACAGGGUAGCAUAUAAUGAUCAUGGAAAAGUGUACAUUUGGAUUCAUUCUUGGAACAAUAAGGAGUAUUAAGGUAUCUUUAAUGUUGGCUUUCAACUAAAGUAUUACAAUAUUUGCACAUCCCUUUUGAUAAUUACAAGUGGACUGAUACUAUUAAUUUUCUAUUGUAUAGGUGUUGAUCUGACAAAAACCAAAAUGUUUAAGAUAAAAAAUUUCCUUUUUAUAUAAAGUCAAAGACCUACUUGUAAUUAAUAAAUGCACAUAAGAAUGCCAACUAGCCUGUCUUUUAUAAAUUAAAGUACUACUGAUUUAGCUCAGUGUAGAGAUGUACCAGGCUCCAGUGGAGAGCUGUGCUCAGCACCAGGGCCCUGGGUGAUAACUGCUGCAGCCAGUCCUGUGCUGUGCGAGGAGCUGCCCUCGGCUGUGCAGGGGCUGGGACAGGUAGGGGUUAGGAUUUAUGUUUAGUUGUUUAUAUUGUUGUCAUUUUAGGUUGCUUAUACCAAAUCUUCAAGUACUGCAAACUUGUCCUGAUUAGGAGGGAUUGCUGAUAGCUCACUGUGGUGUUUAGAUAUGAGUCUGAGGGUACACGAAGGGAAGUAAAGAAAGAUUGAAGCACAUGGAAGAAAGUAAGGGAAACAGCAAUGCCUUGCAGUAUGCUGAGAACUUAUUUAUGGUGUGGUAUGUUAACAGUGUGGUACUGAUAGAAUAAAGGUCUAUCAGAUUUUGACCUUAAAUAGUCUAAGGCUGUGUAGAUACUUCUAUGAUUAUGCUGUUUUACUUUUGUUUGCUUUAAGGUAGGUGAAAACAAAGUGAGCAAGUAGCCUCUUUCAGUGCAGCACUAAUUUUGUCCUAUUUUAUACACAGAGAGAUCACAACUAAAUCAAAAUCACGUACUUAGUUCACAAAAGAAAUUGUCACCGCUGCAGUGGGAAGGCACUGUAUGAAAUUUUGGCAAAAAGGUUACCUUGAGUUUUAUUUCAUUUAAGCAUUUAAGAACUAUUUGGUAUCUCUCAAGUAAGAUGAUUCAGUCAAAAGCAAAUGCUUUCACGGAGACUGACAAUCAAGUUUAGGAGCUGACAGUAUUGUGUACCCCUCGGUGCCACAUGUUAGAGGGUCACAUUCUCCCAUAUGUUUGUUCAGGCACAGGCUGUCUCCACUGUCUGCGGGCAGCCUUUAAAUCCUCUGCUGCUCCAGCGCUGGUUGUUCCCUCAGUCUGUUACGAGAGUCCCUUCUUACCACCGUACUAGCACACAGUCUCCACUCUCUAUUGAGUAGAACUGCAGAGGCUUUAAGUCAUUGUCUAGUUCAACUUCUUUUCCUUCCAGCUAGAAAUAAGAAAGGAAAAAAACCUGAUCAGACUUACACUGAAACCUGCUCACGUAAACCAAAUAUAGAUCAGGCAGUUGCAGUCAGGAGGAUUUGGCAUAUUACAGGAAUGAAAUUGGGUCCUAAAUUAACAGUAUGAAGUCUGGCCUCCUUAAGGAAAUCAAUGUCAUUAGGUAGGAGUUUAGAACAUGCUAUUGCCCUCUAGCAGCAUGCAGCAUUUUAUUGUUAAAUUACACAUUUUUAACUUACUUUAGAACUUUCAUAGGACAGUUUCAGUUCUGAACCAGGAAUUUUCAGUAGCCGAUACAGCAAUCCUUUGACCCUCUGAAUAGUCAUAGACUCUGCCAAGGGAAAAGAAAUAAAAGUUAUUAGAAAAAUGCUGCUAGCACUGAGCUGUAGCAAAGUACUAGUGUUUCAACUGUACUUGCUUAUAGCAACAGUGAAAGGCUGUAUUGCUGCUUCAGUUCUAACAUUGCAAUAAUACCUUUUGUACCUGAAACCAUAACUGCUAAUAUAAAACUGAAAAUGGUUUAAUCUCUGGGGGAUAGGACAGGAUAUGCUACUAUGGUUCAGGCACUCUGAUCCCUUGUACCAAACUGAAGUGUUACAGCUUCAUAAUUUACCUUUUUGGAGUUUGUAUUUACUAUGUGCUAAACCAAGUGACCUUUGGGACAGGCACCAGUCAGGUUCUGACCACUUGCGUCUGGUGACUCUUCCCUGAAGUUUUCAUUACCAGGAAUUGGCUUUCCCAGCAGAAAAAAGUGAAUGUCCCUGUGGAACUAACACCAUUCUUAAAAUGGCAUUACAUUAAGUAGUCCCAAAUUGCCAGCAGAGUUGUAGAGUGCUUUAUAUUACUAAGUCAGUUACACAAAGGGAUAUUUUUUAUAAUGGAUCUGGAAUGAGUAAAUGUAGUUUGUUCCAGAGGCGAUACCUGUGUUUGCAAUAGACACACUCAAUUUUUUGGUUGAACUUUCACUUCUUUUGAAGCUUUACCUAAAGGCACAGCAAUAGUGAGUUAUUCCUGUAAUACCACACAUUGUACUUAGACAAAUAUUUUUCUAUCAAGCAUUUUUGUAAAAGCUGUAUCUAUCUGAUUUUAUGCAACUUGUGAUAAUAAAUGUGAUUUUUAUUUUAGAAUAAAGCUCGAGUAAGUCUUUUCUCUCA